AUGCCUCUAGAUCACGAAGUGGCUAUGUCUGAUUUAGACAGGCUGUCAUUCGUCAUACAGGAGUGUACAUAUCUCACUUCUUAUAUGAGGAAGUCUACUAAGUCAUAUGGUGGCCUUUUGGCGUCUGUUUUGAGAAGCCAAUUCUUGGAAGAAUCACCUCUGGAUGAUGAAUCGGAGGAUAAAUUCCCAAGCUUUUUGAAAUCUGCAACAAAAUUCAAGGAUGAUGAUCAUUUUCUCAGUGGUUUGGUGGAGUUGAGGUCCAUUCUCUCUGAGGUAAAAACAUUGGAUGAAGUCGAUAUUUUAACAUUAUUGCAGCCCUUUUUGCUAUUGAUCCGAUCUCCAGAAAUAUCAUGCAAGAUCACCUCUUUGUCCGUGAAUUCUUUGUCUAUGUUUUUGAAAUAUGGAAUUGUUAGUUCGGAAAGAAACAACAUUCAUCAAUGCAUGGCUCAAAUCGUUUCUGCAUUAUCGCACUGCAGGUUUGAAGGAUCCGAUCAAUCACAGGAUGACGUUGUUUUGGUUAAAAUUAUCCGUCUUUUGGAAUCUAUUGCACUUUCGGAUCUUGGCGAUUAUUUGAGAGAUGAUUCAAUGUAUGAAAUUGUUUCUACUUGUUUUUCCGUUGCUAUAAAUAACAAGAGAGGUGAUAUGCUCAGAAAUGCUGCUCAAAUAUCCUUAAUUAACCUAACUGAAAAGAUUUUCAGCAAGUUGAGAUAUAUCAAAUUUGGAUCUCAGGAUGAAGAAAACCACAAUCUGAAGAGUACCAAUUUUGAAUUGGGCUCUUCCCAAAAUGGUGAACUGCCCGAUGACACAAUUGGUGGAACACUUUCAAGAGAUUCGGAUGAAUCUUCUGAUUCACAUAGUGAUGGUAACGUUGAUGAAAAAGUCGAUGGUGAAGUCAGCGAAAAUAAAAAUUCGACUGAGAAAGUAUCCACAAAAACGGAGGACGUUGCGGAAGAUGAACAUCAUACUAAAAAUCUUGCUAUUUCACAAGAAAAGGAAAAUGAUGAUGAGUCAGCUGAAGCCGAUUUUAAAAUGUACGGACUUCCAUGUAUGAGAGAACUUUUAGUCCAUACUGUGGACAUUAUUUCACCACAAAACGAACUCAAAUUUACCGAGGGAACCAAGCUGCUAUCAUUGGAGCUUUUAUGUCGGAUCAUUGAGGUUUCUGGCUUGGAAAUACAUAGACACCCAUCCAUAUUUCAUAUUAUAUCUGAUCGUGGAUGUCAUCACUUGCUUAAAAUUAUAAGAACAACUUCAUCGAUCAAUAUGCUUUCUCAGAGUUUAAAGGCGUUUCUUGAUCUCUUUUUUAAUUCUUCUGAGCACUUGAAAUUGCAAUUUGAAGCAUUUUUUCAAGCAGUUGCUGAUAACAUCGUUGCUAAAUGGCCUCAAAUGGAAGAUGACUUGGAUAAAAUGAACAGUACAGUUUUUGAUAUGACUAAGAAAGGGAAAUUCGAAGUUGUCUCUUUAUCCGAAAAGGAAGUUACUGAACUAGGAAAGGAGUUUCAUACAUCAAAACCUUCAGUGUUCAAGGAAAUAUUGAUAGAAACCUUAAGCGUUUUAUGGUGCAGAUCGCAGUAUCUGUUCAUCAACCUUUUUAAGGUUUACGAUUGCAAUUUUGAGAGAAGCGAUGUUUGCCUUAAUUUAAUUAAGAUUCUUUGCAGGCUUUCAGCAUCAGAUGCAUCUCUUUUCACAACGAGUAGUGUACCACCAAUCUGCAUGGAAGGAAUUCUAUCAUUUAUUGACUCAAUGUUUGAACGUGUUCAUGAAGGUAUGAAGCAGCAUAUUGAUAUGAGUCAGCUUGAGUGUCCGAUUCUACUAAAACAACGUUCCAAAAAAGCAGAUUUUAUCUCCUGUAUAAAGGUUUGGAAUAAGAAGCCAAGGAAGGGAUUAGAAAUGUUACAAAAUAAAGGAUUUAUUUCGAACAUUCAUAAUGAUAAUGAAGUUGCACAAUUUUUGUAUGAGAAGUCUGGCCGUAUCGACAAGAAGGAACUUGGUGAGCUGCUAGCAAAACCAUCAAAUAUUAAUGUUUUGAAAAAGUUUAUUAACUUCAUGGACUUUAAAAAUUUACGGCCUGACGAAGCUUUACGUAAAUUACUGAACAAUUUCAGACUUCCUGGUGAGGCACAAGAAAUUGAAAGAAUUGUUGAGUGUUUCAAUGAUAGAUAUAUUGAAUGUCAAGAUCAUAUUGAGACUACGGUCGACUCUUCAGAGAAGAAUAAUACUAAGAAGGAAACCAAUUCCUCAAAUUCAAAUACGAAAGAUGAACACGAUGAAGAAAGUUCAGAAGAACAAGUUGCUCCAGAUAAGGAUGCCAUGUUUGUCCUAUCAUUUUCGAUAAUUAUGUUGAAUACAGAUCUACAUAAUCCAAAUGUUAAGAAGCCAAUGACAUUAAUCGACUAUCAGAGAAAUUUGAGAGGAUGUUAUAAUGGUGGUGACUUCCCGUCAUGGUAUACGGAAAGGAUAUACCAUAGUAUCAAGGAGAGGGAAAUAAUUAUGCCAGAAGAUUUUAAGGGUAGCAAUAAGUGGUUUGAGUCGAAAUGGCACGCUUUGAUCGGUGAAUUUCAGAGUAAAAGCGAGGAAGAAGAUCUCGUCAAAUCUUUUGUUACCACAAAUGGAGAAGAUCUUCAGUCUCUGCUACAAUUUGACUCCAGAAUAUUCCAAAAGACUGCUAAAUAUAUUAUUAGCACACUAGUGAACAUGUUUGAUACCGACACUCACGAUGGAAUUGUUAUUAGAAUGAUGUCUACAGUUGAGAAAUGUGCCACAAUUGCAAAGUUUUUUGGCUUUGACGAUAUUGUGAAUUCCGUGAUCGAUAUUACGUCUCAUAUGACAACUUUGACGGGAUUGAAGAAACAGAAGGUUUUAGUGCCUACCGAUGAAGAAAUAUCGUCGGUUAAGUUAAAGGUGAAGCAGCAGGAUAAACCAAUCACAGUGAGUCAACUUUCUGUUACCUUCGGCCGUGACUUUAAAUCUCAAGUUGGAUUGAUCACGCUUGUCCAUGUUCUAAAGAGAUCAGGUUAUAACGUUUCGCCUGAAUGGAAGCAUGCAUUACAAUGUCUUUUCGAAUUGUUCAAGUAUGAUUUGGUUAAUCCAAACUCUUUUCCCGAAUUUCAAGGAAGACUUGAUCUGGAACCUCUACGGGCUCCAAAGCCAGAUUAUGUUUUGAAUGAAAACAAAAUUUCAAAUGAAGGGGGAUUACUUUCCACGUUUUCUUCAUAUUUCAAAGGGCUUUCUGACGAUACACCAGAGCCAACAGAGGAAGAGAUCGAGUGCACAUUAUCGACCCUUGAAUGUAUUAACUCAAGUGGAUUAAGUAAUUUGUUAAGAAAUAUUAGCAAAACAGAAUCCUCAAAUAUUGAUGCAAUGGUGGAAUUGCUUCUUGAUUACUUACCGGAUGAAAAAAGUUCAAAGGUUGAUGAAUAUAUCGAACAGCGGAGUUUAUAUAUAUUGGAAACAUGCGUUUGCUACCUUCUUCUUUCCCAAAACCAGAAGCUUAUUUCAGUUGAAUUAGAAAAAUGCCAACUUCUCACACGUUCCGAACUGGGAUUCAGCACAAAGUCUUUGGUUAGGGUGAUGACAUACGAGUUGUUGCUUUUGCAUAAUGGCAGUCUAGAGCACGAUUCUUAUUUGGCCGGCACAUUAGAGCAACUUGUGUCACUGAUCAAUAAAAACAAGGAGAGGACUGUUCAAAUCGGCGGAGUCUUGCUUCAACCUCUUCAGGUUUUAUUACUUUCCCCAGAUUGCUGGUGCAGAGAUAGGCUACUACAUAAUACAAACUACUGGUUUGUUUUUAGGUGCUUUGCUUCAUCGCCAAAGAACACUGCUCGGGUCUAUGACUUCAUAGAGGAAGUCAUUCUUGAACAACAUGAUUUGAUUAAAUACAAAAACUAUAUGGAUAUUCUUGGCUUGUUGGACGAAAUAUCUGCGGUUGGAGCAUACGGUGCCCAGUGGGAGCAAGAACUAGACAAAUUAAUUUCUAAGGGUGUUGAUGUGAGCCAGAAAAAGAAUCCGUUUGAGAAGCUUGUUGGUACUUCUCUAAAGUCAAUUUCGCUCACAGGUAAGUUGGGUCGAAUUUUAAAGACAAAUGAGUUCCAGGUUUCAAUAAAGGAAGUUACUCCAGAGCAUGAUAAAAAGGGACAUACUGUUUCUCCUUGGUACCCAUUAAUUGAAGCCAUAUCUCAUCAAUGCUACAACCCUUGCAGAGAGUUAAGGAAUCAUGCUUUGAAAACAUUGACCAGUAUUCUUCUUUCAAACGAACUCCCAAUGGAGGAACUUUCCGCCGAAGCCGUAAUGGAAUCAGGAUGCUUUAGAUUACUUGAGCAACUUUGUGAACCAAACGUUACAAACACCGAUCCAAACGGGAUGCUCAAAACGCAACAAAAUGCAAUAAACCUUUCAUGCAAAGCGAUCUUACUUUAUAAGUUCCAGAACCCAAACAUUCAGGUAAUCCGGCUAUUGCAUAUCACAGACAUGCUAUUAGAGAAGAACUCAAAGAAUCGUGACUUCAAAGAGGAGACAUUAGAAAUAGAGAAAAAUGCGUUGCGAGUGAAAAUGCCGGAGUUUGACAUUAAACAACUCCAGAGCUCGAAAAUUAGCCUUACUUUGAAGGAUAUGAUUUUGGAUGUGGCUAAGGGUGUAACGGCUACAAACGGUGCGGCAAAACUUAAAAGCCCAGCUGAAAAGGUUAAUGAGAUACCUAAGAAGCCAGAAUAUUCAGAUUCUCCAGUUGAAAAUGAUAAUAAAGCAAGCAAAAUAGAUGAAAAGGAAGGUGAUGAUGCCAAAGAAGGUUCAGAAAAGGGACAAGCGGAGUAA